UUUAGCAUUAGCAACAGCAGCCGAGGUAACAGCUUUGGCAGCUUGGACAGUAGCAUAGCCAAUGGGUAAGCGAGUGUGUGUGUAACUUGGCCCAUCAGUCUCUGGGGAGGACCAGCAAAGGAGUCGUGUUACACUCCCUGACAGACCUUAUACAUGUUUCAUCUGCUGCUCUCAGAACAGAAGCCCCCUUUGUUAUCUAAUCCAGCCUUCUCCUCCCCAGCCUGAGAGACUGAGUUUACUGCCACAAGACUGCUCUUCACAGUCUGUCAGCCAACCACUGAGCUGAUACAUAUCAACCAACAGCUGAGGAGCAGCAGAAGGACUUGGUCAGGCCAGAGAUAUCUGCUAUUAGGACUUCUGAGCCAGUCUUUCAAUCAGUUGGCUGGCAGGCAGACAGGGCAUUAACAUAAAGAACUGAGGGGGCUGUAUGAGGUCCACCAAAGAUUGUCAAGGAUCUAAAUUGUGCCUCAUCUGUUCAGCACUAAACCUCAACUUUUUCUGUAGUUAACAGCCCUUCAAGCUGCGGAACUGCAGCAUUUGCAAUUCUUCUAACCAAGGAUCUUAAAAAAAGUACUUUGGAGGAUUUGCACUUCAGAAAGCUAGUCAGUACCAUGAGUGACACUCUUAGACCCCCUUCGCUCCAGGUGAGCAUCCCGAGCGAUUCUCCGGCAUACUCAGACGGAGGACGCAACGCAGUGUCAGAUGGCUCCGUGCGAUCCAGCUCCUCAACCCCGACUCUCCGGCGCAAGCGCUUCAAGAUGCGGCGCAUGAGGAACGUGCCGAGCGAGAGGGAGCUCGAAAGGGGGCGGCUAACCAUCGGUCACCUCACAGCCCGAUCCCGCUCCAGCUCCAAGGAGUACCUCCAGUUGCCUUCCAUUGAGAUCACACCAUCCAGCGAUGAAGAUGCCCCCUCUUCCUGGUCCAGGUGCUCCACGCCAAGCGCCUCUCCGCGACGCAAGCGUUUCCUGUUGAGGAAGUGGCUGAAGGUCCGACAGAAGAAGGAGCAGUGCAGUGAGAGCAGCAGCCAGCAGAGCAGUCAGCAGAGCAGCCAGCAGAGUAGCCAUGAAGACGACAGCACUCGUUUCCUGACUCCGUUAAUCCGAGAGGAGAGGUCUGACAGUGCAGCGGACAAGAUCAGCACUGCCAGUAACUCAAACAAGAGCACACCCGCCUGCUCACCAGUCCUGCGUAAACGCUCGCGCUCUCCCACACCACAGAGCCAGGAGGGUGAGAACAUGGUGGAGAAGGGUUCAGACCACUCCUCUGACAAAUCCCCCUCCACGCCCGAGCAGGUUGUCCAGAGAACGUACUCCUUGCAGUCAGCAAGAAGCGGGGGAAAGAACUCAAAGUCUCACAAGCGACUUUCCAAAUAUGACAGACUAAACCUGAUUAAAAAGAGCCAAAGCUGGUACAACCAUGAAAGACAACACAUCCUGAGAGUGCUGAGCCCGACAUACAAGCAGCGCAAUGAGGACUUCAGGAAACUCUUCAAGCAGCUCCCUGACACAGAAAGGCUCAUUGUGGACUACUCCUGUGCUCUUCAAAGGGACAUCCUCCUGCAGGGACGACUCUACCUCUCUGAGAACUGGAUCUGUUUCUAUAGCAACAUCUUCCGCUGGGAAACACUGCUGACAGUGCGGCUAAAGGACAUCUGCUCGAUGACGAAAGAGAAGACUGCCCGCCUCAUUCCCAAUGCCAUCCAGGUCUGCACCGACACUGAGAAGCACUUUUUCACCUCAUUUGGAGCCAGGGACAGGACGUACAUGAUGAUGUUCAGACUGUGGCAGAAUGCACUGCUGGACAAGCCCCUGUGCCCCAAAGAACUGUGGCACUUUGUUCAUCAGUGCUAUGGCAACGAGCUCGGCCUAACUAGUGACGAUGAGGACUAUGUUCCCCCUGAUGACGACUUCAACACCAUGGGGUUCAGUGAAGAGAUCCCCAACGAAGAGAAUGAGAUCAACAAUGACAACUUGUCUAAGAGCAGCGCUGAGGCCAAGCCAGAGGGGAGUCCUCCUCUGUUACAUAAGAAGGUGGUCCCAAACAGCACCAUCCCCAGCCCCGGCAACCAAGACACACCCAUCACAUUUGACCUCCCAGCAGAAGAGUAUGCAGACUGCCUACCAGACGGCGAGCUGCUUACAGUGCCCCUCUUAGUUGAAGAGAAGAACAAUGAUACCAGCGGGCCUGGUGGACCUGUCCCUUCACCAUCUCUGGACUUCAAUGACAACGAAGACAUCCCCACUGAGCUCAGUGACUCCUCCGAAACACACGACGAGGGUGAAGUACAGGCCUUUCAUGAGGAUCUGAAUGGCAGGCAGCACAUCAAUGAGAUCUACAAGUUCAGCGUGGACAAGCUCUACGACAUCCUCUUCACAGAGUCGCAGUUCAUGAGUGACUUCAUGGAACAGAGACGAUUCUCAGAUGUGGUGUACCACCCGUGGAAGAAGGAGGAGGCUGGGAAUCAGACCAGAGAGAUCUUGUACACCAUCUCACUGUCCAACCCCCUGGCCCCCAAAACAGCCACAGUCACUGAGACACAGACUCUGUACAAAGCCAGCCAGGAAAGUGAGUGUUACAUCAUCGAUGCUGAGGUCAUCACACAUGACGUGCCCUACCACGAUUACUUCUACACUCUCAACCGCUACAUGCUCACCAGGGUGGCCAAGAAUAAGUGUCGGUUACGGGUAUCAACAGAGCUGCGCUACAGGAAACAGCCGUGGGGGCUGGUGAAAGGCUUCAUAGAGAAAAACUUCUGGAGCGGGUUAGAAGAGAACUUCCGCCAUCUAGAGUUGGAGCUGUCCAAGCUGGAGGAGAUACUGACCGAGUCUCACCAACUGUCUCCGAAGGCCAAGGUAGUGAAAAACUCCACGGUGAGGCGGAAGAAGAGGCCACUCCCCCACAUUCGCAGCCAGCAUCUGGACGAGGCGCUCAGCCCCGUCACCACGCCGACGGAUGAGGAAGUGAUUCAGAGGAUCAAACAAGUGGCGGGCUCCACGCAAACCAGACACCAGAGUCCAGAACACCAUCACCUGCCCGGAGGCCUGGCUCUGUACAGCGUCUCCAAACUGCUGCUCAUCAUCAGCUUUGUGAUCUGUCUAAGCCUGGUCCUGCUGGUGUUCCUCAACAUGAUGCUCUUCUACAAGCUGUGGAUGCUGGAGUACUCUGCACAGUCCUUAACAACUUGGCAAGGUCUGCGGCUUCAUGAGAGUAAACUGCCUCAGACACAGAUGGAGUGGGCCCAGCUCCUGGAGGCGCAGCAGCGUUACCAUGACUCCGAGCUGCAGAAGUGGAGGGAGAUUAUCAAGUCGUCAGUAGUGCUGCUAGACCAGAUGAAAGACUCCUUAUUGAACCUCCAGCGAGGCAUUGGUUUAAGGGACUACAGCUCCGAGGCUGAGGAGAAGAGAAGUCGCUAUCACUGACACAACACCACCAAGGCCAUGAGGGCAUGCUGUGCAAUAUACUGUAGGACCUGUUUUGUUUGUGAAGCAGUGUGCAGGCAACAGCCAGACAGAGAGAGGGAGAGGACAGAGGGGGAGGCGGGACCAACGGUGAGCUGGUCCAAUGGACACAAAGAGAGGAACAGUCGUCUCCAGCGCACAAAGGUUUAAACCCCCAGGAGGAGGAAAUCACGGACAGGAAGUGUCCCCAUCACACGCAGGAACUGAGGAGUCCCCGACAUCACUGAGGCAUUGUGGGAAGGUGCUCCUUCUUUACACCCUGUGGGAUAAACCGUUUCCUUCUACUCUCUUAUUUCCAAGUGCAUCCUACUGUAAGCCAUGUCGACCAGAGAGUCGCAGAUAGAGAGAAGGAAAACUACUGCAUGCAUUUAGACAACCUAGCUCCCCUCAGUCAGUGUUCAUGUGGUCCAGUUCCAGUCUAUGUGUGUCAAUAAAAAGAAGAACAGAAGACGAGGAGAGGUGGAGUCAAAGAGAAGGGGGGGUCCUUUCGAGUCUUAAUGGCUGUCUACACUCUCUAGACUGUUCCAAACCAAUCGUCCCCCUAGAGGUCCUCGCUGCAGCGUCCCUUUAACCAACCUCCAUGUGAUCAGAGUGCAGUAUCGUUCCACAACCAAAAAAUGAAACAAGUGUUGUAGCUGGGAGCUCAUCCUCACCGAUCAGCCCCUUUUGCCUUGUUUGAAGCUGGCCUGUGUGGUCUCCGUCAGGGCUGGUUCCCUGUCAGUGUUGUGUUGAAAUAUUUAUAUGUUGAAGCUCAAGACUGAUGAGACCGAAGCCAGUACUUUUAACCCUGUACACAAUUCACAUAAUCAGUUGCCCCUGCCAGUGUCAGCCACCAUGCAUUGCAUUAUUCCUCAUCCUUCUGAUGAAGUAGAAUGUAUUAGCCUGGACGAAAAGGCCAGACUUUGAUUGCAGCAUAUUAAUUUCUCUGGAAAAAAAAAGGGGUGCUGCAGUCAGACCGAUAGGGAGACCUGUGUUCUUACAUGUUUUAUUACUAAACUGUGACUAUAUCUCUUUAAAAAUGUUUCAAAUUAGAAAG